GACAAGUAUGUUCAAGUUCCAUGGGGCGACUGUUUAAGAAGGGUUCUCUUUCUGCGGUGGACUACAUCAUUUUCCCGAUAGCUGUUGCUCUGACUCUUUACCAGGCCAGCCACUUCCUCCCAGGAUUUUCUAGUAGCUCAGAGCAAGGCAGGGCGCCAAGUGGUUCCCGCUUCCUUUUGGACGACCUUAAGCGUUCAGCAGCUUCGUCGGACGGUGCUGGAGCGAAGAAGCAAUAGUUGACUUGUGGGGCACCGCAGCACCUGGCCCGCAUCCGUGCGCCCGACCUAGCACCAGCUGACCUAGCCCACUAGCUCGCUAGCUCGCUAUCAGCAGCAGCCAUGGGCGCUAACGGGGUGCACUACGACCGCUGGUUCCAGACGGCGGACAGCGACCGCGACGGCCGCGUCACGGGCGGCGACGCGGUGACGUUUUUCGGCCGCAGCGGCCUCCCGCGAGAGGUCCUGGCCACCGUGUGGGACCUGUCCAACGACCGGCGCCUGGGCUACCUGGACCGGCUGGCCUUCCACAAGGCCAUGGACCUCAUCGCGCUGGCGCAGAGCGGCCAGCCGGUGUCCAAAGAGAACUACCUGGCCCAGAUUGACGCCGGCGGCUUCAAGCUGCCCGUGAUGGCGGGGCUGUCGGACGCGGAGGGCAACGCCCUGGACACCGCCGCAGCUACAGCCGCAGCUACAGCCGGACUCAGCGCAAUGAACCCGUACGGCGCGCCGCCGGGGAGCGCCGGGCCGGCGGGCGCGGCGGGGCCGGGGCCCAGCGGCGCGCCAAACCCGCACGCGGCGACCUACUCGGCGCCGCCGCCGCCCGACUCGUUCGCGGGCGGGCGGCACCCGGCGGGGCACACGGAGUGGGGCCAGGGCGCGGCGGCGCAGCAGCAGGGCGGCAAGCGCGGCAAGGACGGCAAGAAGCCUGUGCCCAUGAAGGUGUGCACCUCCAUCAUCGACGGCCUCAAGCAGAUCUACUUCCAAAAGGUCCGGCCCCUGGAGGAGCAGUUCAAGUUCGGGCACUUCUUCAGCCCGCUGCUGAACGAGUCCGACUUCGAGGCCAAGCCCAGCGUGCUGCUGCUGGGGCAGUACUCCACGGGCAAGACCACGUUCAUCAAGUACCUGCUGGGCCGCGACUACCCCGGAACACACAUCGGCCCCGAGCCCACCACCGACCGAUUCGUGGUGGUGUUCCACGGCGCUGAGGAGCGGCGUAUCCCCGGUAACACCCUGGCCGUGCAGCCUGACAAGCCCUACCAGGGCCUGUCCAGCUUCGGCACGGGCUUCCUGUCGCGCUUCGAGGGCUCGCAGUGCCCCGCGCGCCUGCUUGAGGAGAUCUCGCUGGUGGACACGCCCGGCGUGCUGUCGGGCGAGAAGCAGCGCAUAGAGCGCGCCUACAACUUUGUGGAGAUCUGCGAGUGGUUCGCGGCGCGCUGCGACCUCAUCUUCCUGCUGUUUGACCCCUACAAGCUGGACAUCAGCGACGAGUUCAAGAGCGUGAUCAACUGCCUUCGCGGCCACGACGACAAGGUGCGCGUCAUCCUGAACAAGGCCGACCAGGUGGACCAGCAGCAGCUCAUGCGCGUGUACGGCGCGCUCAUGUGGAGCCUGGGCAAGGUGUUCAAGAGCCCCGAGGUCUGCAAGGUGUACGUGGGCAGCUUCAACAGCGAGGCGCCCAUCAACGAGAAGGUGAACCCCUACGGCAAGCCGCUGUUCGAGGCGGAGCAGAAGCAGCUGCUGGCGGACCUGUACGAGAUCCCGCAGCGCAGCACCGACCGCAAGAUCAACGAGUUCGUCAAGCGCGUGCGCGCGGCCAAGAUACACAUCCUGCUGGUUGGCCACCUGCGCAAGCAGAUGCCCAGCAUGUUCGGCAAGGAGAAGGCGCAGAAGAAGAUGAUGGAGGAGAUCAUCACCAACUUCGAGGCCGUCCAGCGCGAGUACCACCUCCCCCGCGGCGACUUCCCCGACCCCUACCGCUUCCGCGAUAUCCUGGGCGGAUUCGACCUGCUCAACUUCCCCAAGGUGUCCAAGUCCAUGAUCAAGAUGCUGGAGGACGUCCUCUCCGUCGACAUCCCCAACCUGGUCAAGCAGUUCGAUAACCCCUUCCCGUGAGGGGUUGGUGGGAGGCUGGGAGGAGGAGAGGGAGGAGAGCAGAUGAGUGGAGAUAGAGGUGGUGCGGUUGUGCAGUAAGGGGGUGCUGGUAGGGUGGCAACAGGCAGGGGUCACUUCCGGUCUUGACCUGUUUACCGCUGGUGAGGGUGGGUGCGACAGCCAGGGGGCAUAUGUUUGUGGACUGGGAGGACGGACGAAGGAUGGGAGGUUGAAGGACGGCAUGCGCGGCGGCGCGGCGUCAGCACGCGCCGGGGUCGGGGGUUGCGAGCGGGCUGCAUAUCAUAUGCUUCGGAGUUGUGCUCGUGCGCUGUUGUUGUGGCGGCGGAGGGGCUUGCUGUCGUACCUUUCGGUGUUGUUGUAGAGGCGGUGUGGAGUGACGUACCCGCAUUGACUAGUCAGCAGGAGGCGGAGCGGGCAGUUAUGGGAGACUGAGGUGUGCAAAGCACGUUGAAUAGAUGGCUUGGACACGGCUUGGACUGAACAAGCGGUGACGCAACAGGUGGUGGUGUUCGUGCAUUAUAGGUACAUGCGGUGAGCACUGAACACGUCUCGAGACGUACGGAGGGGAUGCUGCUUGCUCCCCACCAAAUCGUAAGACCGGCGU